GAAGUGGGAAUACAAGAUCACAACAGCAAAAAUGACGGUGGACUUUGAAGAAUGUAUAAAAGAUUCGCCCAGAUUCAGGGCCGGAAUCGAUGAUGUGGAGACAGACGUGGUGGAAAUCGAGGCGAAGCUGGACAAGCUGGUGAAGCUGUGCAGCGGGAUGAUCGAGGCCGGCCGGGUCUACGUCAGCGCCAAUAAACUCUUUGUGAAUGGCAUCAGAGAUCUGUCCCAUCAGUGCAAGAAGGAGGAGAUGAUAUCAGAAUGCCUUGAAAAGUGUGGAGAAAGCCUCCAGGAGAUUGUCAACUAUCAAACGAUUUUGUUUGACCAGGCUCAGAGGUCGAUCAAACAGCAGCUUCAUACCUUCAUUAAGGAGGACAUCCGUAAGUUCAAGGACACCAAGAAGCAGUUUGACCGCGUGCGCGAGGACAUGGAGCUGGCUCAGGUGAAGAACGCUCAAGCACCGAGGAACAAGGUGCACGAAGCGGAGGAGGCCACGCAGGCGCUCAUCCUCAGCCGCAAAGCCUUCAGGCACCUCGCCCUGGACUAUGUGCUGCAGAUUAAUGUCCUUCAAGCUAAGAAGAAGUUCGAAAUCCUUGAUGCAAUGCUGUCCUUCAUGCGAGCCCAGUAUACUUUGUUCAAGCAAGGCUUCAACAUUUUAGAUGAGAUUGACCCCUACAUGAAAAAGUUGGCUGCACAGUUGGACCAGCUGGUGAUCGACUCUGCCAUGGAGAAGAGGGAGCUGGAGCACAAACACGCUCUCAUCCAGCAGAGGACUCUAAUGCAGGAUUUUUCCUACGAUGAUCCCAAGCUUGAAUUCAAUGUGGACGCACCCAAUGGGGUCGUCAUGGAGGGCUAUCUGUUCAAGAGAGCCAGCAAUGCUUUCAAGACUUGGAACAGGCGGUGGUUUUCAAUCCAAAACAGCCAGCUGGUCUACCAAAAAAAACUCAAGGAUUCUCUGACGGUGGUGGUUGAGGAUCUGAGGCUGUGCUCAGUCAAACCAUGUGAAGAUAAUGAGAGGAGAUUCUGCUUUGAGGUGGUUUCGCCCACAAAGAGCUGCAUGAUGCAAGCAGAGUCUGAGAAGCUGCGGCAAGCUUGGAUCCAGGCGGUCCAGGCAAGCAUCGCUUCUGCAUACAAAGACAUCGGCGACAACUAUUACAUUGAGCGUUUGGACCGGACGGCUUCACCGUCCACCAGCAGCAUCGACUCUGCCAGCGACUCUGCCCGGGACAGGGGGGAGAGGGCGGACAAGGCGUGCCGGGGCGGCGGAGACAGUCUCCUGCAGCGGGUGCAGAGCCUGCCGGGCAACGAGCUGUGCAGCGACUGUGGCCAGGCGGCUCCGUGCUGGGCCUCCAUCAACCUGGGCGUGCUGCUUUGCAUUGAGUGCUCGGGGAUCCACAGGAGUUUAGGCGUCCAUUUCUCUAAAGUGCGCUCGCUGACGUUGGACUCGUGGGAGCCAGAAUUACUCAAGCUCAUGUGUGAGUUGGGAAACACUGUGAUCAACAACAUUUAUGAGGGAGCCUGCGAGGAACUGGGAGUUAAAAAACCAGGACCGUCUAGCUCCAGGCAGGAGAAAGAGGCCUGGAUCAAGUUUAAAUAUGUUGAGAAACGCUUCCUGAAAAAGCUGAGUGGGAGUGAGGCGCUGGUGGAGGGAGAGAGGAAGUCCCGCCCCUGGAUGGUGAAGAAAUGCCAGCGACACAGCAGCUCUGUGCGGGCCCCCAACAAGGCCCGCAGGAAGUACCACCGCUACGAGCCUGGCAGCGCCUCACCCGCCAACCUCACAGCAGCCCCCGCAGCAAAAUUUCGACGGGACUCCCUGUUCUGCCCAGACGAGCUGGACUCCCUGUUUUCCUACUUUGACACCGGCUCUGGUCCUCGCAGCCCUGCAGGUCUCAGCAGCGACAGCGGCCUGGGAGGAAGCACAGACGGCAGCACCGACAUCCUCGUGUUUGGCAUUGUGACGGAGGAAGAAGAGGAGUCGGAGGAGUCCUCCAGUGGGGAAGUGGAGAUCGAACAGGAGGGGUCUUCGGAUCCCGAGGAUCCCAGGGAGUUGCAUCCUGGGGCGCUGCUCUAUCGCUCCUCUCGCCUCCACAAUUUGCCCCUGAUGGCAGAGGCACUGGCGCACGGUGCUGAUGUGCACGCUACCAACGAAGAAGAGGAGGGAAAAACGGCUCUCAUACAGGCUGUGGUCGGGGGCUCUUUAAUCGCUUGUGAGUUCUUGCUCCAGAACGGAGCCGAUGUGAACCAGAGAGACAUGAGAGGCAGGGGCCCGCUUCACCACGCUACCUACAUGGGCCACACUGGUCAGGUGUGUUUGUUUCUCAAGAGAGGAGCAUCACAGACGGAAGUGGACGAGCAGGGCAACGACCCCCUCAGCAUCGCUGUCCAGGCUGCCAACGCAGACAUCGUCACGCUGUUGCGACUGGCGCGGAUGAACGAGGAGAUGCGCGAGGCGGAGGCUCCGCUGGGUCAACCAGGUCAAUAUCCAAGCAGCAGCCCCACUGAGCAGCAGUAUAGGAAGUGCAUCCAGGAAUUCAUCUGCCUCAACAUAGACGAGAGCUAGUGGUCCCUUCCUUACCUGGGAGCAUAAACUCUGUUUUUUUUUUGUUUUUUUUCAUCCAGACUGAGAGGCGAUUGGGUUGAAGUUGCCCCUAGACAUUGAUCUCAAGUCAACUGUAGAUCUAGAUCUUACAGGCAACUUCUUGCCGACGGGUGGGGGGACUGAGUGGGCGGGACCCCUGAUGGAGCUGUCUAACUCUACUGACUAUAUAGACGCCACCUCCAUUUUCCUGCUUGUUACUUCUUGGCGCCACUCAUGCUUGUUGCUGACCACACUACAUACACUUAAGCUAACUUCUGCUUUUUGGCGUGGUACUAACAGGGUUAAUCUUCUGAGUUCACCGAACGCUGCGCGCUUUGAGUUGAUUUCUGGCGCUUACGUCUGGGGGGGGGGAUCUAGCUGCAUUAAUCUUCCACAUUCUCUAUCUAUACAGAGCAUCUGCGUGACAUCCCAUUCAGCCCAUCUCUUCUUUAACAGAGAUGUAACUAUAAUCGUAUUUAGAGGACUAGAAACUGUGUACUGUGGCAUGAGGUUACAAAUGGUAUCUGUUCAACUACUAAAAAAAAAAAAUUAAUAAAUGACAACUGAGAAGCUACAUUGGAGGUACCAGGGUAGUUUACUGUGACAGAAAAAAAAACGAUACUGAAGGGCUUGUGGAGAAGAAGAAGAGUCCUUGGUCUGCUGUGUAAGAUACGACAUAUGACGAGUGAGUGAACAGGAGAGCAAGAGUUAAAUGUGUUUUUUUUUAAUAUUAUUGAAAGAAACUGUGCACUUUUCCCAUAAUAAAGUAUUAUUAUUUUUUUUUUGUUUUACAUUGUUCAUGUCUAGAUUAUGUCUAUGCGAGUGCUUUUUUUUAUAUGUAUAUAUAUUAUUCUUAUUAUUUAUCAUACCAGAGAACCAGUGCAAUUCAUCCUGGAAUGCAGUUCCUGUCUACAUAUAUAUAAUGAUUGUCAUUUUAAUCCCAAAGUUCUGAAUUUUUGGGAGAAGAUAGGGAAUAGCCUUAAUUUGCAGUUAAUAAACUUUUUGGUAUCUGGAGACAUGAUGCUUUUUGCUAAAUUGCACAAGCUUUUGAAUUGAAAUUUUGUUUAACUGAGUAAACUGUGGAACUGCAGCCAUUAAUUUACUGAUUUGUAAAAAGUACUGUAAAAAGAUUUGUAAAAACCAGAGCAGGAAGCUUACAGUGCACUUGUGCAGCAAGUACUUGUACUCCUCGACCUCUUUCUUAUGUUGUGACGUUACAACAAUGAACAUCAAACUGCUUGAUUGGGAUUCUAUGUGAUGGACCAAAACAAAACAUUGUGCAUGUUUGGAAAGGGAAGGAAAAUGUUGCAUCAAGUGUUUUUAUUAUUAUUAUUAUUAUUAUUGUUAUCAUUAUUAUUUUUGUUAAAAAGAAAAAUAUUAAAGAUGUGGCAUGCAGUUGUAUUCAGCUCUAACUCAAUGCUUUGCAAAACUAACUUUCGCUGCAGUUGCAUCUUCGGGUUUUAUGUUUUUACCAACUUUCCAAAACAGCUCAAACUCAGUCUGUGAACAUCAGUUUUCAAGUCUUGCUGUAGAUUCCCCAAUCAGAUAUGACCUUUGACUUGGCCAUUCCAACUCAUGAAUAUACACUUUCCAAACCUCCACAUUGUAGCUCUGGCUACAGGUUUAAGGUUUGUUGUCCUGCUGGAAGAUGAACGUCCUCCAAUUUAAACUCUUUACGGCCUGUAACAUUUUUUCCUUCCAAGUUUGCCCUGUAUUUAGCUCCUUCUAUCUUCCCAUUGACUGACUAGCUUCCAUGUUCCUGCUGGAAAAAAAAAAAGUAUCCCCACAGCAUGAUGCUGCCAUCACCAUGCAGUAGAAUUGGUGCAUUCGGGGUGGUUUUUAGUGUUUGGCACCGUGUGUGUAGGGCUCCGUUUUGGUCUCUAUUUUGCACAAUCUUCCACAAUUUUACUGAUUCUCCCAUAUGUAGUAAGGUGUGUGGGUAAGCUGAAGUUAGGACUUCAUUUGGCGCAGCUAUGGAUUCCUUCAUGCCACUUUUCUAGAAGAGUCAAAAUUUGUAGAGUGAACAAGUCACAUGUCAGAUUCUGCAACCAUAGCCAUGGAGCUCUUUCAAAGAACAGCUUAGUAUUUAGACUGAGAAUAAAGUACUUACUGGUAUAUUUA